AUGUCGGCCGAAAGCAAUCACGAUAAACCGUCUGACCAAGACGUCAAUUUCGAUGCCCACGACGUCAUUGCGGUGCUUGAAGAUGAAGGACGACCGCCCCAAGUGAUUGAACAGCAUUUUCAACUGCGCGCCCGAUAUGCCUCGCACGCCUCCGUCGUCUUUCGCCUUUUCCCAGUCACCGACAGCACGUCAACCAUGCCCACAAGUUUCCUACAAAUCAAAGCUGGAGAUAUCAAGUCGUUAGAGAAAGAAGUGUAUGGCAAGGCGAACCCUAACAGUCCGGGCCCGGCUUAUCUCGACGUUGUUCGUAAGCUACUGAAUGGCAUGCAUUCAGUUGCCUGUCUCCGAUUCCAGCUCCGCAGCCGCGGUAUCAUCGACCUCAUCAAACCAUCUGAUUCCAGUAGUGGAAAUAUACCUGUUAAUCCGGUUCUGGACACAUGCACAUCACUCCAGUCGCUUGCGUUGACUUCCUUGUUUUCCAUAUAUUUUCGGCACGAUAUCUUGCGGCGGAAGACGAUAAAGAAGUACACAUGGGCCAUUGCCCAAUUUCCACAUUUGACGGAAACUGAGAAGCAGUCGUACAAGUGCAUGGUGGAUGUGCGCAGGCUGUAUCAUGGCGCUGGCGGCAGAGUGCACACAUGCGAUGACCAUGGCUCUCCGCCCACGAGGGAUCGCUUGACUUCUCCCGCUCCAGGAACGCCUGCGUCGUGCGGUAGUGGUAGUACUCUCCCCUUCGAUGAGGUGCCGCCUUGCCGAGGCCAUCGAGCGUCACCGCCGCCUUAUGACGAAUGCGUGGGCGAAGAACAGUCGCCGGGGGCCGGAUCAGAUGCCCCCGCAGCCCUCUUCGCCACAGGUCCCGAAAGCGGCUGCUGCGACCCGCCCAAGUAUGGUGAUACCGAACGGCGGGACGAUGCGCUGGACCCCCUUCAGGGCACUCUUCCCUGCGGAACCAAAGACACCAAUAUACGUUCUGUCACCAAGAGAAAACGACCAAUCAGCACCAUGUGCACCAUAACGACAGUGGCGACGGACGCACCCCGCCCUGAGAAAUUACAGCGAUUCCUAUUCGCGAAUCUAGACGAGACCCAGAUGGCAAAUCUGCAUGGAUUACAACAUGAACAAACCAGUCUGCAAGGCCAACAGACCGAACAACUACAAGAGUCUGUCAGACAACUACGAAAGACGGUUGAGGAACUAGAAAAGAGAGUCGACAGAUUACAGAGGUGGAAGGAGAAGCACAAGAAACUGCAUGGUGAUCUAGAAGGGACCUGUAGUCAAUUAGUAGAGCGUCAGAACGAUGUCGACACCGCUAUUGACAAUCUGUCUUGUGAUGUAGACGAGUUGGGUGGGAAACACGAUGAGCUCGGGAAACAAAUGCUAGACGUCGGUGAUGAGGUUAAGGACUUGAUGGAAGAUAUGGGACGCACGGCCAAAGAAGACAUUCGCAAAAUCAUCGACGACGGCGUGGCGAAAGCAAUAGAAGAGAUUGUCGAGGCUCGGGUUAAUGAAGUUAAGAGAAGGAUAACGGAAGCCCUCCUCCAACCGAUAUAA